CCAGUAUCUCUCGGCAUGGGUCCAACAAAGCUUGACGGACCGUGCGGACAAACUACCUAAAAGGACCUAGAAACCCAGAUUAGCGUCGCUCUCGGCUGCAACUCGCAUGUCUCGGGAACCCACAUGUCGCCUACCCACUGGGUGUUGCAUGCAUACCCAUGUCUUGUCCUUUGUUGGUUCUCGCGCUAUUGUUGUCGCGGGUAAACGAACACAACCCAGACGUUGAAACGGACGACGUCCGCUUACUUUCGGACUCCCAAGACGCUUCUGGGGCUGGAGCAUAUCUCAGGUUGGAUUCAGGGCCAUGUAUAUCAUUGCCCAAAGGGAGGCUUGGGGAGUUAUCCAUGGCGGUCCUUCUUAAGGUCGCACAGGUAAACACAGUCGGAAAAACACAACAUAAGCAUCAUGCCCGACAAUGGGUUUUCAAUCACAUCUCGCGGCCGUAGGCCUGCAUUAUCGUUGUUAUUGUUGUCGAUCCUCCUAAAUUGAACCUAUACGGUGUGGAAAUGUCAUUGGAGCUGGCAAGGGGCUAAGAUUCAAAGAAAUAUAGAUAGCUCCUUUUUAACUGGACAAGUUCUAGAUAAGAAUCGAAGAAAAAGAAGCAACCCCGAAUUUCUUUUUCUCCAAGUCC